UGGGAGGCGGGAUUAGACAGCGCCAAGAACCCAGCAGCGUCCGGCUGGAGGGACCACCUCUGGGGGCUGAGGGAGGACGGGGGAGGGGCGCAGGCGAUGGUCCCCGCACUGCGCUAUAUCCGCGGUGCCUGCGGCCCGGCCCUCGGAGGUUUCCCCGGGGGGUUCUCCGCAAGCCGGCCGGCGCCGGGGAGGUCCUGGCCGCUGUGCCAAGGUGGCCGCCCAGCUAGCACCCGCUCCUUUGAUGUAGUCGUUAUUGGUGGCGGAAUUGUGGGCCUUGCCUCUGCCAGAGCACUCAUCCUGCGACAUCCAGCACUUUCCAUUGGUGUUCUGGAAAAGGAGAAAGAUUUGGCUAUUCACCAGACUGGACAUAACAGUGGUGUCAUACAUAGUGGAAUUUAUUAUAAACCUGAAUCUCUAAAAGCUAAAUUAUGUGUACAAGGUGCAGCCCUCAUCUAUGAGUAUUGUAAGCAAAAAGGAAUUUCCUACAAGCAAUGUGGUAAGCUUAUAGUAGCUGUUGAACAAGAAGAAAUUCCCAGACUUCAGGCCUUAUAUGAGAGAGGCCAGCAGAAUGGUGUCCAGGGCUUAAGGCUAAUCCAACAGGAGGAUAUAAAAAAGAAGGAGCCAUAUUGUAGGGGUCUAAUGGCUAUUGAUUGUCCAUACACUGGCAUUGUGGACUAUCGGCAGGUGGCUUUGUCAUUUGCCGAGGAUUUCCAAGAAGCAGGUGGCUUUGUCUUGACCAAUUUUGAAGUAAAAGAUAUUGAAUUGGCUAAAGAAAGUCCUUCAAGAAGUAAAGAUGGGAUGAAAUAUCCAAUUGUUAUAAGGAAUACAAAGGGAGAGGAAGUUCAGUGUCAGUAUGUGGUGACAUGUGCAGGACUUUACUCUGACCGUAUUUCAGAGCUGAGUGGCUGUGAUCCUGAUCCUCAAAUUGUGCCAUUCCGAGGAGAUUACCUGAUUUUGAAGCCAGAAAAAUGCUAUCUUGUAAAAGGAAAUAUUUAUCCGGUCCCAGAUAGCCGGUUUCCUUUCCUAGGGGUUCAUUUCACACCAAGGAUGGAUGGCAGUAUUUGGCUAGGGCCUAAUGCAGUUCUUGCCUUUAAACGAGAGGGCUACAGACCCUUUGACUUCAGUGCCAGAGAUAUUAUGGAUGUAAUUAUCAAGAGUGGCUUGAUUAAACUGGUGUUCCAGAAUUUUUCCUACGGAGUUAAUGAAAUGUAUAAAGCCUGUUUUCUCAGUGCAACAGUGAAGCACCUUCAAAAGUUUAUCCCUGAAAUUACUGUCAGUGAUAUACUUAGAGGUCCAGCUGGAGUAAGAGCCCAAGCCCUGGAUAGAGAUGGAAAUCUGAUAGAAGAUUUUGUAUUUGAUGGAGGAGUUGGGGAUAUUGGAAAUCGCAUUCUUCAUGUGAGAAAUGCACCUUCCCCUGCUGCUACUUCUUCUCUUGCAAUUUCUGGAAUGAUUGCAGAUGAAGUGCAACAAAGAUUUAAAUUGUAAAUAAUGUAAGGAGCUAAGUAUGCAUUUUAAUUUCCACAUUCAGCAACAAGAAUAUACUAAUUGUAUUCUUUAAGGAAAAUGAUUUGAAAAUCUUAUUGUUAGGUAUCUCAUUUAGAUAACAACUGAAUUGUUAGAAUGCUGUAACAUAGAAAAAUAAUUUUUUAAAGUCCAUGCUCCUUUGUGAAUAAAGAAGCAAGGUACAGUUGUGUCUGUACUGAAUCCUUGACUGUUACGGACCUCUCCUCACCAGCCAUGAUCUGGAGAUUUGACUCUUAGAAUUUCUGGAAACGAUGGCACAAAAAAUUGAUUAUUCCCUUAACUUUUUGUCUUUAUAGUAUCUAAGCUUUUUUUUUUUUCUCUCCUAGAUCAGAAAAUAUAGUAUAUUGUAGGUUGCAAACCUCCUUUUAACUUUGAAGGAUCAAAUGAAAGCUCACAUUAUUUAGAGCAACAGUAUUUGUAUUUGGGAGUUUAAAAUUCUUGAUUUAAAGAAAAUUAUGAAAUUUCACAUUUUUAAGUAGUUUGAAUAAGAUUCUAUCUUAGCUAUAAUAUUUGUAAGAAAUAACUUUGCAAAGGAAAUGCAAACCCUUUAUUAUUCCCAGUCUUUUUAUAACUGACUUGGUGUAGGGUUCCCAUUAAAUCCAAACAGCAGUACACUAUGAAUGGUUGUUGCCUACUCUUUAGUCUUCUGUGGUUGCAAAACUAAAAGAACUUAGAACUGAUAGGUUUUUAUGUGAGCAGUUUUAGAAUUCUGCCACUGAUAUAUAGAACUCUGUAAUUUUAAAAAUUUACCUCUAUAUCUCUGUUUUUCAGUCAUACCAGGUUUCUCAAACGUUAGCCAAGAUCACUAUUUUAUUCAUGCCUACUUGGUUUUCAGGGAUCCUAUGAACUUUUAUGAGGAUAUUUCUUCAUUUUGAGGAAAUAACUAACUUUGAGGCAUUCACUUUUGUAAACCGCAAAAGUGCCUUACAUUCACGUGUACUUCAUGAGUAUUUAAAUUAUUGCCCAGUGCCAAUACUGUAUACUGUAUAUAUGUGUGUGGUAUCUGUUGAAAUGAUUCUUGCAAUUCAGAAAGUUGGAAAAUAGAAAUAUAAAUGAAUUUAUGGCAGCCCAUUGAUUGGGGAAACUUUAUUACAGCACCACCAGUUAGGCGAGACAUUUUCAUCCCUUCCCUCAUAUAUACUCUCUCAGGAUUAAUCUUCCACUCUUCAUUCUUUCCUCUUAUCUCUCCAAAUCUGUGUGAUAGAUGACUAAGAAGGAUGUGCAUUUUGACUGAAAGGAAAAACUUCUGUUUUCUUCUUUUUCACUUCAAGCCUCAGUGAUUACAUUGUCUGAGCUACCUCAACCAUUAAUUUGAAAGGCUACACCAUCAGCUCAUGUUCAAGAAGUAGCACAUCCCAGGUAGAGACUAGGCAAUUAUUUGACACUUGGGAUGAACAUAUUGAAAGCAUUUAGAAAUCAUUCACAGAAGAAAUUAGCCCUAAUGGUUCUUCAUAACAACUGAUUCCUCCAAGAAAUGUGACACACAGGAUAUUUUUCUGUUCCAUCGCAAGACUAUUAAGAGAUGGAAAAUUUUACAAUUCUCUAUUUCAUAAACAGUGAGAUUACAUAUAUACUAAGCUGUGAAAGACUGAAAUUAUAAAAAUAACUGUCCUCAUUAAAGCAACCCUCAUUCCAUUUGAGUCUAUAUUAUACCCCCAAAAAUAUAAGUGAAAAAAGUUAUUGAAAGUGUUUUGAAUGUGCAGGUUAUUCUGUUUGCAAACAUUUUAUAUUUAUAUCAAUAGGGUUUUGUUGUGUAAUACUGAUAUAAUAUUUAAAAGUUUUGUGUAUUUCUGAGAUAAGAAAAUGUAAAUUAAUAUUAAAAUAUUUUAAUGAGUUUUUGUGUUGUAAACAUAAUUUUUAGUUUCAUAAAACUGAUUCAAGUGAAUUUUUUGUGUGUAAAACAUGAACUAUCAUAGCUUUAAAUAGCAGCCAACCUUAGAAAAAUGAAAAAAACUAUUUGCAUUUAAUAUAAAAAUGAGGUUUAUAUUUUAGGUAAAAAGUAGAGCACUUCCCCAUUUACAAAAAUGGCUUUCCACUUGGUAGUGGUGGCAAUAUCUGGCUCACCUCAGUGUCAUCUUCAUACCCCCAGAGCACCAGGGAACAUGGUUUCUGUUCCAUAGCAGAAUAUAUAUAUAACACAUAAACACACAGUGCUUUGCAGGCAGUGGAGGGGACAGUAAAUCAAUCAAAUCGGAAUUUCAUAAAUCAUUAUAGUUUCUCUUAGGAAGACAUUCUGGUAUGCUAUCUUUUACACGGGGUGGGGGUGGAUUUCUGGGCAUAAGCCUCAUAUAAGGGUGAUAGGGCACAUGAUCUGUCUGAGAGCCUGCUCCAACUUCUUGCCAGCAGGUGGAUUGUAAAAGGACCAGAGUUAGCUACAGCAACAAACCAUGAAAGUGAGUGACAAUGACAUUUAUUGUUUCCUGUGGCCUUGCUUUGGUUUGCUUCUGACUGGCAGCACUUGUAGCUUUAAAUACAUUGAGGAAGUAGGAGAGAGUAAAUGGGAGAAAUGUUGAGUAAGUCCUUCUUGAAAAUGCUUUUCAGUGCAAGAAUAUUACUGUUAAAAUUUUCACUGCCUUUUAAAAUUUGAGAUGUGCUUAGAUUAUUCAAGUUAUCUCCCAAAAGCCAUUCUAAAUUCUAAAAAGACAAAAUUAGUACUUGUCAAAUAACUAGCAUAUUAAUUUUAACUCAAAUUUAUGACCAAGUAUAGUAUCAGUAUGUUUAAUACUCCAAUUUUUAUUUUUAUUUUAUUUAUUUUAUUUUUUUUUUUUAAAUUUUUUUUUUCAACGUUUAUUUA